GUCUCCUCGCUCUGGGAACAACUCCAGCUCAGUCUUCUCCACCAUGAGCCUCAGACCCAAGGCCACCUCCUCCUGUUCCAGUGCCAGCCCACUUUGGGUCCUACGGGUGUUGCUGCCACUGUCACUGCUGCUGACUGCACUGGUUCCCUCCAUCGCCAUCAGAGAACUCACACUUUCUGCCCUAGCUACAAGUGUGGACAGGGAGCUGUACGUUGAACUUCGCUGCUUGUGUCUACAGACCACCUCUGGCGUUCAUCCCAGCAAAAUCCAAAGUUUGAAGGUCAUGAGGGCAGGACCCCACUGCCACAAAGUUGAAGUGAUAGCCACACUGCUGAAUGGGGAUGAAAUCUGCCUGGACCCAGAAGAUCUCAGACUCAGGAAAAUAAUCCAGAAAAUUUUGAAAAGUGAUUAGUUAGCUUCUUAAUCUGUUCAUUUUCUGUCAAACCUCUUUGUCUCCCAGAAAGAAUAGGAGUUUGAAGCCUUGACUUUCUAGAGUUCUUAUUUAUCCAGGAUACCUACUCAUACUGUAUGAAAAUUUGGAUACGUUUUCCAUUCUGCCUCA